GUGUUGAAGUUUGAGAAGCGCUGCCAUGUAGAAUCUAAACAAAAUGUUCAGCAACGACGAGCGUCAAGCGCGGAUUGCAAUUGAGCUAGUAGAGUAGAUAGACGACGUCAGUUCAGUAACGUUUUGGUAGUUGUCUUGAGUACUUAUGGAAUAAUUUAGUGUUUAGAGGAAAGGAGAGACUAACAACGCUGCUCGUGUGGAUGGAGAUCGUCCCUGGUCACCUACUUCCGGUUCCAUCGGAAAAUGUUAUGCAUAUAUAGUUGUUAGGUGCUCGCACUAGCUUGUGUAGUGUUGUUGUGUUGUUGUGCUCCAGUGCCUGAAGGAGGGGAGCCAAGCAGGGUCCAGGACCCGCACGCCAAUCGCCGGACCGCCGGAGAGCCCAGAGAGUUUGAUCAAUUGAGCGCUCGCAGAUUGUACAAUCAGAAAUCAAUUACAUAAUCCACCCCGAGUCGCUGAGCGAAAGCGCAGUGUCGCGAGAGAGCGCAGAGAAAGGGUCCUCCCGGAGGCAGGAGCCCGGUCCGACCCCAGCAGUUACAUAAGGGUCCUCUCUGGGUCACAAGGAGUCCCCGGGAGUGAGCGAGACGCCCCAGCCUGAGCAAGACGCGGAGAAUGUGGUGCAGUGGCGCGAAGGACAAGUCCGUGUCUCUGUGAGCGUGGUCCUUGCACUCCAGCCGCCGUCCCUGUCCAACGACCAAGCGCCGCCAUCGAGCCGUCUCACUCCCGCUCACCCACGUGCGCGUGUGUUCGUGGCGCCCCAGCCGGAAGGAGCGGGUGGUGUGAAAAAUAAGCGGAAGAGAGAGGGAUAAAUAGUGCUGGAAAAUUCGGGCUGAUAUAUUGAAUUUUCCGCGCUCGAGAUAUCGAUUUGGACAACAUGAUGGAGGGUCACCCGGAAUUGAAUCCCUCAGCCACGGCUGGAUUACCUGCUGAAGUACCCAAUGAUCCAGGAAAAAUGUUUAUUGGUGGUCUGAGUUGGCAAACAAGUCCAGAGAGUCUCAGAGACUAUUUUAGCAAAUUUGGAGAAAUUACAGAGGUCAUGGUGAUGAAGGAUCCCACAACGAGGAGAUCGAGAGGGUUUGGAUUUAUCACAUUUGGCGAUCCAUCGAGUGUGGACAAAGUUUUAGCGCAAGGAACACACGAAUUGGAUGGCAAGAAGAUUGAUCCUAAAGUUGCAUUUCCACGACGAGCUCAUCCAAAGAUGGUAACGAGAACAAAGAAGAUUUUUGUGGGUGGCCUGUCGGCCCCCACGACACUGGAAGACGUCAAAAGUUACUUCGAACAAUUUGGACCGAUUGAAGAUGCAAUGCUGAUGUUCGAUAAACAGACUAAUAGACAUAGAGGUUUUGGUUUUGUGACAUUUCAAAGUGAGGAUGUAGUAGACAAAGUCUGUGAGAUUCACUUCCACGAGAUCAACAACAAAAUGGUGGAGUGCAAGAAAGCGCAGCCCAAGGAGGUGAUGCUUCCGGCCAACCUGGCGAAGACUCGUGCCGCAGGAAGAGGAACUUAUGAUUUUAUGUGGUCGCUGGGAACUUUACCCGAUGGUUUCCCAGCAGCAGCGUACGCUGCAUAUGCCGCUGGACGCGGCUAUUCGGGCUAUCCUAGUUUUGGACUACCUUAUCCGACAGUUGAUCUAACAAAUGGCCAACUCACUCCAAACAACAACACACCACUUCUCACUCAAGCGCUUUCUGUCAUGAAUAACUACCAGGCGGCCGCUGCAGCCGCCCAAGGUUUUGGGCCGCCGGCAUCGCCGCACACCGCCACCACCAGGACCGGCUUCCCGCCCGCCAAUUCCCCCGGCCCCACCAUCGACAUGUACAACUCCAGCGGCGCCGAUAGCGUUGGAUACGUCCAGGCGGCCAGUCCCCAGCCGUCCGGCUUCCCGGCCAUCGCCGUCAGCCGUGCGCCGCUCAACUACAGCCCCAUCUCUCAAACGUUUCAGGGACCUCUAAUUCCAGCCGCCUUUACCAACGGCUACCACUAAAUAAGUCCUAGAACAAUUUUUUCUUCUUAAGAUCUCUAUCGCGAGAAAGAAACACACACAAACAUUGAGACAAAAGACGAGUGGCUGUAGGGAGAGCAAUUUUACCAGAGAACACAAAGUGUCUAACAAAAAUUGUAGUGAAAAACAUAAACCGAUGGAUAAACUUUGCGCGACUGUGUCGAAUUUUAGGGGGUUAGAUGAAAGAAUUAAGCAGAUAAAGAGUCUUUUUUGAACGAUAGAAAAUUAUGGCGAGAGAGGGAAUUUUUUGCGUCAGACAGAAAAAGAGAUGGUGAAACAGUAUUUGUUCAAACAACCUACACAAAUUUACUAAAGUAACACAAAAACUCUAAAAAAAAAAUGGUUAAGAAAUAAGAAAAGAAACCCAAGACAAAGUGAACAAGGAGUAAUGAGAGGUGAAGUAAUAAAUUAAAUAUUUAAAGUGACAAGAGAAGUGAAGAAGAAGUAAUAAUUAAUAUAUAUAUUGCAAAAAUGAAAUAUGAAAAUCCGUGGACGGAGAACAAUGAAGUAAUUAAUUGUAAUAUUCAUAUACAUUACUUAUUAAUUAAAAUUAAUAAUGAAGAGGGAGUUUGGAGAAAGGAAUACCAAGAGACAUGGAAAUCUUUGCAAUGAACAUGGAAUAAUUGCAGAGGUCAUCGUAUUUGUAAGUUAAUCAUUGAUAAUCCUCACAAUUCACGUGAUAGCACGACACAAAUCUUAUUUUUAUAUCACUCCUCGAGCUAUGAACGGAUAGUCCCUGUAAUGCAACCUUCCAUUUGGGAAAUAAUACCAUGAUUGUCACUGUAAUGUAAUUUUCGAGACAGCUUCGAUCCCUCAGUGGAUGAGCUUGAGAGUCCCUCUGUCCGAUUGACAAGUCCCACAGAGGGACUGUACGUUCGCCUCAUUACCCCUUCGGGACGUCCUGCAAUCCUCUUUUAUUUCUUAAUUUCCUCAAAAAGUUGUACAUAACACACAGAGGCGGAGGAUUUAAUGGGAAGCGAGGUGAAGAUGAGAGCUAAUUGAGGCAUUACAAUUAAUAGGCAGUAAUAAAAACUAUUUAUAAGUGAAAAGGUAUAUUUUGAUAAAAAUAAGCCAAAAGAACAUAAAACACUUGGUCUUAUUCUCUUAUGCGCACUCAUAUAAAAUACCCACUUCAUUGGAAAGAAAAGAUGAAAGAUUGUGUAAUUCUUAAGAGAUAAAACUCACAUUUUUUUUUAAUUUGAAAUCCCUUAUUUCUAAGGUUAAGGAGAAUGAAUAUUGAAAAGAAACACUCUCUGUAGAUAAAUUUCCAUUUUAUAACAUAAAAUACGGAACUUUUCUAGGCUUCUGAAUGGAGAUUUUUUGAAGCAACGCCAAACAUCUCCUUUCAGCAGCCAUAAAAAUUCUGAUUCUAAUGAAAGGUAAAUGGACGGUGAGGAAACCUUGAAAAAAUCUUAUGAAUGACCUUCAGAUAUCCCUUCCCUUUUGGAGAGAACGACGAGAGGCGCCUAAAGGAUUCUUUCAUUUCAAACUAAAUAGUGGUGUAAAAUUUGAAGCAAUAAGAGACUCUAAUAAUUUUCUCUUAAACAGAAAUGAAUAAUGAAGAAAAAACGUACCAACUUUUUUACAUUUUCACAUAAAGAAAAGAAUUUGAGAGACAUUUUAGGAGUUUUAAGUAGUUUUUAAAAAGCAAAUAAAAAAUGAAGAUCAACACUUUGGGAGAAGAGGUCAUAAUGCAAUUUAUUUUAUCGACGAUGAUGAUAAACUCGAUGGGAAGCUGAUGAAAGAGCCCCAAAAGGACUCAAAGUAGUUAUUACAAAAAAAAAAAAUGUAUUUGUUAUUGUUAAGAUGAGAGUAAAAACAGGAGGUGAAACUAAACGAAGAAGAUUAAAAAACUUAAAUGUAAAGAAAUGAAAGCAAUUAAUGUUAUUUUUGUUCAUCGAAAAUUUAUUUCUCACGAUAAAAAUAUUAUGAAUUGGCUUAAGGACACGUUUUCUUGUUGUCCGCACUGUGAGUUAGAAUUUACAUUUGAGUUAGAAUCCUCCUUUAUUGCCUUUUCAGUGGACUGAAAAAUCAAAUGUACUUUUCACUUUUUUGAUCUUUCCAUUGAGUUAUUUGCAAAGCUCUCAAAAAAUACUUACCAAAGGUUUUUUAUCCACUAAAAUGCGACAAUAUUGAAAAAAAGAAGAAAUAUUUAAAAAUAAAUUGAGAAAAUAUUCAUUUGAGUGUGAUUCUCAAACAAUACUUUUUAAUCAAAUAUAUAUUAAACAUCACAAUUCACUCUAUAUUGAAUACAAUUAAAAUGAUCAUAGUGAAUAAUGAAGAAUAAAAUUAAUUAUGAAGAUGAAUGAAAAAAAACUUACAUGGUUCUAAUGUUUAUGAUAGCUAUUAAAUGAAAAUGGUGAGAAGCUCUAUUGGGAGAGAGACAUUUCAUAAAUUGAGAGAUUCAAUAUUUUUCCUCAGAUUAUUGACAAAAGCUCGUGCUUUCUCACACUUUUUCUUCCCUGAGAAUCCUAAAAAAUGACAGCCGUGAGGAUAAUCACGCUCAGCGCGAGCUUUUGACGACAGCUCCUCAAGAAACCUACAGAAGGGCCGUUUGAGAUUUUGAUGAGAAGGUUUUCGACUAGACAGACGGUGAAAAUUCAAUCUAGUACAGAUGAAAAAAACCACACAUACACACCCAUGAAAUUAUAAGAAGGAAAUAUAAGUAGUACUUUAGGAUAGAGAUGAAAUUUUUGCAAUAAAAACGUUUCUAAUUAACUUUAUGUGGGAGUGAAGAUUGAGAAGGGGAACGUAAAGCAUAGGUGAGGUGAAAUUGUAUGAAAUGAAGGCCACACACAAGAUUAUGAUAGUAGUCAAAAGAAGAGGACAUAAAUAAAACAUUUUAUAUUAUAUACAAUACCAUUACAAUACCUUUAAAACAUGAAGAACAAUUGUCUUAAUUCACGUGGAAGAAAAACAGCUUUAAAUAUUUCGAGAAGACAACAAAAACGUGGUUAUUUUAUAAGAAUAGAGGGUGAGGAGGGCCCGUAAGUUUAAGGACAACAAAAAAAUGAGGAAAUACAGUGAGGAACUAUUCCAUUUGUAGGUUAAAUUGAUAUCUAUGAUGUGUUUUCAACCCGCACACGCUUCGCAAAGCUUUCACAAGCCCUAUACAAUUCAACACAAAAAGCACCCAUGAAGUGAAGGGAAAAAUCAAAAGAUAUACUUUGAUGUUAAGCACAGCGAGAGCUUUCUGUGGAAAUGCCAUUUGGAUGUCACCAAGAAUCCUUAGUUUGAACUGUGUAGCUCCUCAAUCCGAGUGUGGCUUAAGGAAAUCCCUGGAAAAGUGCAAUUCCAUCCUCUCUUUCUGGUCUCAUCAAUUUUCCCACGCAAUCCCGUCAAUAUUCGUGACGGAAAAAUCCCUCAAAGGCGGAGAGAAAAUCAACACAGCUUUUUCUGCACAUUUAUUUUUAAUUAGACCAAUCUUAUCACGGACUUUCCGACGGUAUAAAACUUUGCCAUUGACAUCGCGCGCGGAGGAGGGAUAAAAUAAUUGAAUUGUGCUGAAAAGUUGCACCGACCGAGCAAGGAAUGAAAUAAUGAAAUGAAAGCUGAGAUGAUUUCAUGUGUAUUCGUUAAACUUGCAAUUUUAUCCAUCAAAUUGCCAGAGGAUGAAUUUCCACGAAAAGCUUUACGCUGUGAACAAAGAUAAGGAGCAGUCUGAAGGGAGGGGGAAAAGCCGCUGGGAAAGCUCUUCUGGAGUUGAGACCAGAAAGAAAAUUUAUUGGUAGCUAAUAGUGAGGAGGAGAGUGUCUGAAAAAAGCUCAUUUUGUGGGUAUUUUGUCAAAUGAGACAGUGUUGAUGGCACAAAAAACGUAUGAGCAAGAAGAGACACUUGAAAAAAAGAUCUCCACAUCCUCAAACGUUAUAAAUUAUUUUCGCUUUUUCUCAUACACACACACACACGAGGAAAUCUCUUUGUCAUUGAUUUUUUCCUCUUCCCCGCAUUUUUUUCGUCAUUUCAACAAUCACCCUCGAUGGACAUGUUAGCAAUUUAUUCUUUCAAGUACAAGAAGUAUGUAGCAAAGAUGAAAAAUGCUGAGGAGCCAGCAGGAGAUUCAGCAGAAAAUAUGGCCAUCAUAUUUUCGAGGGAAAGGAAAAGCAUGAGAUGGAAGACAUAUUAAUCUUUUUUGCGUGUAGAAUUCGCACAGACUGAUUUUAAGAAGCAAUACAAGAAGAUAUAAAAGAACCAUUUUUGAAAUGAUAAACAUGAUUACUAAAUAAUUCAAAUAUUUUAGUGGCCGCGCAGUGGAAGUUUAAAUGUCAUAGGUUUUAGCUGAUAAAUAGUGCUUUAAAAAUCUGUUCCCGGGCUAAAGAGCAUCGACAACGCCAUCAGUGUAUCACCCUGUAGUAUACAAACUGUUAAUGGAAAACACUCGAGACUCUCAUAAUUACUUAUGCUCACCCUUCGCCAUGUUUUGCACAAAUGGCGAAGACAACACAGACAAAAGAUCCUCACGAAUUCAUUCGGUAUGCAUUUUCUUUUUCCUUUCGCAUUACGCGCAUGAAGAGGUCUUUUCGUUUGGGUACUGCGAGAAAAGCGCAUUGUUAGAUCGACAAUGCCAGAAUAGUUAGAAAGAGGAAGUGCGACUAAAUUGACUCGACGCCAACUUCACCCAAUAUGGCUUUCUUGGCUGCCAAGAUGGUGUAAGUAAAGCUGUCAAUCUUGUCACUUGUGAGCAAAGUUUUCCCAUUUCCGUUUAUAAACCUAUAAACUAAAUCUUAAAUGGUAAUAAAAGAGUCAAUAUAGGAUUGAGAUAAACGAUUUUUACUCAUAAAACGUGGAAGAAAUGGAAGAGCAGCGCUCUAAUGGAUGUCAAAAGAAACACUUUUGACAGGAGAUAAAAAUCAAUUUAAAUAGGUCAAUUAAACAAAUUGGUAUAAUGUAAAAUAAAAUUCCUGUAUAAAUAAAGGUUUUUUGUGUGUGUAUUGUCAAAUAUACAGACACUUUGUACAUAAUCCUAAAAUAUGAUAUGAAGAGGAGAAAUUUUUAAUAAAGUAAUAUAUUAUUAUAUAUAAAUGAGAAGAAAUCACUUUUUUGCGUCACAACUACAAGAAAAAUAGGGUUAAAUGAAGUUUAUUCCUUUCCCCCUGUCCCGUCCUAAUAAAAUAAUGGAAAUUUUAAUGAGAAAUUCACACUGAAAAUAUGAUGAAAAUCUUGAAAGCUUCCCAAAUUUUGAGAAAUAAAGAAUCACUUUUUCCAAAAAAUAUGGAUGAAAGUAAAAAUACUUUUAGAUAAAAAAUCAAAUUAUUGAUAAAUCAAAAAUAUUAGUUUUUUAAUAGUUUUCUUUGACAUUUAAUCCUCACAUUUGUUUCUUUUCUCAUUUACAGUAGGUUAAAUUGUAUUGGAAAUUUUUGAAAAAAAACCAAUCAAAAGAAUCGACUUUGACAAAAUUUAUCAAUUUGUCUCUAAUAUAAUGUUAAAUUUGUGUCUCUUUAGAUAGUUCAAUAAAUCCGAAUAUAAGGACAGUUAUUUGCCAAAAAUCGGCCCUACAGCGAGCAAAAAACAACACUUGGUUCAAUAGAAAUUGUAAAUAACACGGAUAAAAAUCUUGAUUUGAAAGCCUAAAUCACACAGAAAAAUCUUGAUUUGCAAUCUCAACACUACGAGGCUUUGCGAUUAUAACAAAUCAGUAUUGUUUUCCAUUAAUUUUCAUUUUCCUAGAAAUCAAAAAAAACUAUUAUAAAAAAAGUAAACGAAGAAAAGUUAAAAGAAGAACUAAAUACAGGGUAAAAUUUAGUGACAAAGUAAUAAGAAAAAAAAUGAUGAAAAUGGUAAAAUUCGAGACUUAAUAUAAUUCAUUUGUUACAUUUUUUCACACAAACUCCGUCGAUGACAGGAAUGAAACGGAUUAUGCCAAAAGAAAUGUUUAUUUCGAGAUGAAUUCUUUGUACCAAAAAAGUGAAGAAUAUCAAAUUAAUAUCGAUAGAAAAUCUUGAAAUGCAAUGAAAUCGCUCCAAUGUCAAUUUAUUGAUAACAUAGAAUUUACCACUUUAAGAAACUCCUUUUUUGUUGUUUCAACUAUUUUUCUUCUUUUUUAUACUUAGUUUUUUCAUCUAUACUUUCAAACCCUUUUUACGUAAUUUUUAACUAAUUAGACAAAAAUAUAUUAUGGAAAAAGGUGUAUGGAGUAAAAACACCAACUGAGUUGAAUAGUGAAAAAUCUUUCACAGAGGAAGUAUUUAUAAAAUAGUGGAUUUUAUGAUAAAACAAUAAGAAAACAUGAAACCUUUAAAUGAAUGGUAAAAUUUAAUAAUAUGAAUAAAUCCCGGCCUUAACAUCACGUGAAACUUCUUUGUAAGGUUAUAUUAGUACUUUAGGUACAACUUUCAUAUUUAAAAUGAAGAAAAAGAAAUUAUGAAACUAUAAAUUGAGAUAAUAUUAUGAUAAAAGUAUGAUCAAACAUAUCUUAAUAUGUGUAAAUGUGUAAAUAAAUAUUAUCAGUUGGUCUUUUCCACCCAAAUUUGAAGAAAAAAAAUAGAUAAUACAAAGCUUUCUGUUGAGGCUACAAUGUAUCCAUGUUGACUUUACCAUAUUUCCUUCAGUUUCUCUUAGGAAAAUAUGACUCACAAUGUUAAAAAUUGCGAUUUUGGGGCAGUUUUCUCUAGAAAAAACCACACCUUUUUCCAACCUCAGUUCUCCUUUCGUUGAAUAUCGGUGACAUUUAAUGUGAAACACCUUCACAAAGGGAAUAAUUAGACAGAGCUUAAAUCUUUGAGACGCUUUCGAGGGAUGCAGCUUUAAUAGAACUACACCGAACAUGAUGUUUUUCGAGGAGGAUUUUUGAAUAACUAAAUCCCGUUAAAUGGAGAAAACCUUGCCUCAAAAUUGUAUUUUCCACCAUUACAAAAUAAAAUUGUAUCCAUAUUAACAAUUAGGAGUAAUACUUUUUAGAUAAAUGAAGAAGAAAAAAAUUACCAGAGGAGGGAAAACAUGUUCUUUUCACCAAAAUCUAUCCUCCAAACUUUUUGUUCCAUGCAUAACAACAACACCGGAUAACACUGCAUUUCCCACAAGAGAAGAUGAAUUUGGAUGGUCUAUUUUUUGAUAGAGAACGGGAAAAACCAAUUAACGUUGCAUGUAAAUAUUUAAAGGACGAUGAACUAUUGAAUGACAUUACAAUUAAACAUGAAGGCGAAGUGAAAGGCAUGAAUAUGUAACAUUUAAAAAAUCUCGACAAUAUUAAAUUUAUAUUCGUAUUUGAUAGUGGAAUGAAACUGAGUAUAAAAAUACUUCUUUAAAAUGAUGGAAAAAUGUCUUAUUUCAAUAUGAAAUCCAAACCUUAUUUUAGUGAGAAAAAAAUGUAGUUGAAAAGUAUAAAAAUAUGUACUUAUUAUAAAUUAUUGAUAUCUCCGUGUCAUGGGCCUUAUACUAUAUUACUAAAAAAGAAAUAAAGAAGUGAAAACAUGAUGGUGAAAUGGUACGAAAAAAUGCCAUGAAGAAAGAGAUUUAAACGUGAGCGACAUAAAAUGGAAAGAAAAUCGAUUUGAAGGUGAAGCAGCACGAAACGACAGAAAAAUCAGCAAAUAAUGCAAUAAAAUGGUCCUUCAAUCAAAAGCACAAUGAGCCGAUGAUGGUGGGUGUGGAGAAAAGCGGAAGAACAUGGACAGAAGUUCACCCUUGAAAUGACGGAAAAGCCCAGCCGGAGGCUUUCAUUGUGCUCUCCCCGAAAUACUUCUUUUUCCACUCCCCUAUUUUCCCAUUGUUUUCCUCCUGUCAAUCCCGAAUUUUCCCUCCAAAAAAACCAUCACGCAAGAGAAGAGGUAAAUUUGCAAGACAUAAUUGCCAUGAAUUCUUCUCAAAAACACACAAUUGGAGACGGUUAUUAUUUCGAAAAAUAAAAAGAGAAACGAAUGAAGGAAAUUUUUGUGAUGUGACUCACUCACUAAUACUAUGUGUAAAUAAAAUCAUUUUUAAUACCAAAUAAGAAAAAAAACAAAACUAUUGAGAAUCGGAAGAAAGAAAUUAAGAUGGUACUAGCUAAAAAAUGAGGUGAAAAACCAGAUGGAACGGAUGGAAUAUUUCUGUGAAAACAGUAGAAUUUCCAUUCACCUUCCAUCGGCACAAUAUUGUCUAAUUGAUAAAUAAAAUGUAUACCCCUACUUUAAUAAUUGUACUAUAUGCAGUUAUAUUUAUGUGUAGUUAUUUAACAUUGCGUUACAUUUAAGUUAAUAUCACCUGUCCUCAAAAUUGAGACAGAAUGAACGGAACCCAGUGAAAUGAUAAAGGUGAGCGCGACAGAGUAGAAGAAAGAAUCGCACUAAAAGUUAAAUGAGUAAUCAACAAAUAGAAAAUCUUUAUUAGUUGAUAUUGUAAGGUUCUUUUUUUAAACCCACCCACCCAAAUUCUAUGUGCGUAACAUAUAAAAACUUAAUAAGCAUAAAUGGUGAAGAACAAGAUGAACUUAAGUUACAUAGCGAGAAAAAUGAUGGAUUGCAUAACAAGUUGUACGGAUUUAAUAUAAAAUUGAAAAGACAAAGAAAAGUAUUAAAAAAAUUUCCUCUCAUUUCUUCUCCUCCUUAAAUUUUAUUUAAAAGCAGUCCCUAUUGAUCUUAAGCUAAAAAAGCGGAAAAAAUCAUAAUACAUUAUUUUUACGUGGAAAAAUGAGAAAUAAAAUUCAUUACAGGUUUAACAACAAGUAAAACAUUUUUAUAUAUACGAAAAAAUGUUCUUUUUAAACAUUACUCGAACUUUCAAAAAAAAAAAUAGAUUAAAACAUAUAAAAAAUCAGCGACUCUUUACGCAAUAUUUUUCAGAGUCCACCAACAUUAAGAUGUAACACAAUAUUUUUUAAGUUUACGAAAUAAUGAAAAACUACAUGAUAUUCGAGCAUUUGAUAACAAGAUGUAAGACAACAACCACAGAAUCCUGUAGGAGGAGAAAAUGUUAUUAUGAUGAAGAAAUAAAAAUUAUGAAGUGAGAAAAACAUCACAUUUAUAAGAUUUACAUUAUAGACGAGGAUGAAGAUGGUGAAAAAAUGAAAUGAAAAGAAAGUAAAAGCAAUAACCACACAAAUUUUUCUAUAUAUACAUUACAUUAUAUAUUAAAUUAUUAUAUAUUUAAAGGAAAAAAGAAAUAAAUAAAAGAUUAAUACAUUAUAUUAACUGUACAUGAAAAGCUUUGAAAAGGUAUUUAACAAUAUUAUUAAGACGAUGGGACAGAAGAAAGAGAAGAAAUUAAGAAUAAACACUAUAUUUAUGAAUUAGUAAGAAAAUAUAUCUAUUAUUAUUAAACUAUAUUGAAAAGAAAUGAGAAAAUAAAAUGAAUUAAAAAAUGAACAAAAAUAUUGACAUUAAUUCUUAUUCAAUUAUUAAAAGAAGAUAAAAGGUGGAAAAACCCGCGGAGAAAAAUACAUAAAAAGAAUAUUUAAAUUUUAAGACAAUUACAUAUUAAAUACAUGUUGAAAAAUAUGAUGAAAAAUGAUCCCUUGCAGUGUAAAAGAAUUUUGAAAUGAAAAUAAAAAUGAAAAUCACUGUAAUAGACGAUUGUGACAGAUGUGAGGAGGACAAGCUACCUAUUUAAGAAGAUAUAUUUAAAAAUAGUCAAGAAUAUAAUAAAUAACAAGAACAAAUACAAAAAAAUACUGAGGAAAUUUACACACAAACAGAAAUUGAAAAAACAUCUUGAGCAAACACAAAAAUUCACCUGACUAUGAAAUGAGACCUUUUUGAGUUUUUCAAUACUGUAAUCGAAACACUUUUUUUUAACAUCGUGCUCAUACCGAAGUUCCAAAAAGAACCCUUAAACACAUUAGGAAAUGACGUGAUCAGUCUGAAAGUGAUGCAAAGCUAAAAGAAUGUAGAGAAGCAAUGAUAACCACCCUUUUUGACGAACUCACAUCAAAUUCCCUUCCAUUUCCCGCCCAUUUUUCACCCCAUCCAAAAUGAUAAGAAACUGAUAAAAUGUUCGACAUCAACUCAUUACACUUCACCGAAUUUUAUCUACACUUUAUAGAUAAAGAAGAAAAUAUGAUAUAGAAAAGAUGAAAUACGUAUUUAAGGAACAAUUAUUUAAUCAUUCUAAUGUAGAUUUAUUUACUCUAAAAGAAAAGGAAUGAAAUGAAAUACCAUUUUCACCAACAAGGGCGCUUUUUACACAGUUUAGAAGGAGAGAUGAAAAACCAACCCUUGGGAAGUGAGAACACGAGGAAGAACAUAACACUAUGAGAAAAUAAGCAGAGAAGUAGAAUGGGAGAAAUUAUACAGUGAAAUUAAGAUGAAACUCGCCACUCACGAAUACAAUUUCUUUAUUUUAGGACUCUUUAACCAUAAAAAUUUAUGAUGAAAAGAAUAUUUACUAAAAAAUGGAUUAAUCUCGUAAUGGCAAAGACACCAAGUCGGUGGAAGAUUGUGGAAAAGAAUAGUCUUAAAUUAAUUUUAAAGAAAGAAAAUGUGGAAGACAAGAGGAGAAAUUAUAAAACAAUUAAAUAAAAUUUUAAUGAAAUACAUGAAAUAUUAUUAUGAAUGUGUGAUGGAUGUAUACAUAAAAUAAUUGUACAAUGUACAUAAGAUGAAACAAGAAAUAAAGAACCCUAUAAAGAA